AUGGUAUGCUUUAAGCAGGAAAGGGAUAGUAGACCUAGGCCGCCACCUGCUAGCGGUGAAAACUCCGGUGCGACCUCAACUUAUCAUCUACCGACGUCAUCAAAUUCAUCACAGGUUGACAACCUGGCGGCUACCAACAUAUCGGUAUCGAAUUCCGCUAUGCAGCUCACAUCGCAAGUCUUAUUGGCCACUGCUGUGGUUCUCGUCGAGGAUGAUGAGGGAAAUCAAAUACCAGCUCGCGCGCUUCUCGACUCGGGCUCUGAAAGCAAUUUCAUUUCGGAGCAUUUAAGUCAACGAUUAAAGGUGGAUCGGCAAAAGGUACAUAUUUCAGUCCUUGGUAUAGGACAGGCAUCUGCAAGGGUUAAACAACGGGUUCAAGCUACAAUACGCUCUAGAGUAUCAAGGUUUUCACGGGAAUUGAACUUUCUGGUUUUACCCAAGGUGACAGUUCAUUUACCGACAACUUCAAUUAAUACGAAAGGAUGGACCAUACCAAACGACAUCCAGUUGGCUGACCCUUCAUUCUCGGUGUCUAUGGGAGUAGACAUAGUACUUGGUAUCGAAGCAUUUUUUGAUUUCUUCGUGUUUGGUCGGAAGCUCACUUUGGGAGAGCAGAUGCCAUCGCUUAACGAGUCGGUAUUCGGAUGGGUGGUCUGCGGCGGAUUAUCAUUUCAUAAGCAAUCACCUCAUAUCAGCUGUCAUAUGACCGAGGACAGGUUGGAUGAAUUGGUUGCUAGAUUUUGGGCAUGCGAAGAGGUCGAUAUCAAAAAAUCUUAUUCACCGGAGGAAGAGCGGUGUGAGAACCUGUUUACGCAAACCGUACAACGGGGACCUGAUGGACGAUACACUGUUGCAUUACCUAUGGCUGAGGGGGCCAUAUCGCGGUUGGGCGAGUCGAAAAACAUUGCACUACGACGUCUCCACGCAACGGAAAGAAGGUUGGCAAGGAACUCAGGCUUGCUUGACCAGUAUAAGGCGUUCAUGAGCGAAUAUCUAGAUUUGGGGCAUAUGCGCUUGGUUGAGGAAGACCAACGAGCAGUAGUAGGCCGAUGCUACUUACCGCAUCAUCCGGUUGUUAAGGAGGCCAGUACGACCACAAAGGUGCGCGUUGUCUUCGACGUGUCUUGUAAGACAUCAACGGGAAUUUCGCUGAACGACGUGUUGUUGACGGGACCGGUGAUCCAGGAGGAGUUACGGUCAAUUAUAUUACGCUGUAGGACCAAGCAAAUUAUGCUGGUAGCCGACGUUGAAAAAAUGUUUCGGCAGAUUGUGAUCGACCCAAACGAUAGGCCGCUACAGUGUAUUCUUUGGCGCUCGUCGCCUACUGAGGAGGUGGCGACCUACGAACUAAAUACAGUGACGUACGGUACUAAACCCGCUCCGUUUCUUGCGACACGCGUCUUGCAGCAGCUGGCAUUAGAUGAAGGGGAACAUUUUGCUUUGGCAGCAAGGGCCAUCACCGAAGACACAUAUAUGGAUGAUGUCAUCACAGGAUCUAACGACAGUGCAGAAGCUCUACAGCUGAGAUUGCAACUGGAUGAAAUUAUGAAUAGUGGUGGAUUUCGAUUGCGCAAGUGGGCAUCGAACUGCGCAGAGGUGUUACGAGGUAUUCCGAGCGAGAAUCUGGCGAUUGAUGUCGGUGGAAUUAAUUUAGAUCCAGAUCCAGCCAUAAAAACGCUGGGAUUAACCUGGAUGCCAAACACAGACGUUUUUAAGUUUCAGUUCAACAUUCCACCACUGGAAACGUACGAAACGCUUAGUAAACGUCGCAUACUCUCUAUCAUAGCUACGCUCUUUGAUCCAUUGGGCCUCAUCGGAGCUGUUAUUACGACGGCUAAAAUUUUUAUGCAACUACUGUGGACACUGCAAUCCGAGGAUGGAAGCAGAUUAGACUGGGACAAACCAUUACCUCAAACGGUGGGUGAGAAUUGGCGGAACUUUUACUCUCAAUUACCUUUGCUGAAUGGGAUUCGCAUCAAACGUUGCAUUAUUCUUCCGGAAGCUGUGGCGGUGGAAAUUCACUGCUUCUGCGAUGCCUCGGAGAAGGCAUAUGGGGGCCUUGUAUAUAUUCGGAGUCUGGACUUUAAUGGCAACGUGUCUGUUCAAUUACUAACAUCAAGGUCUAAGGUUGCACCGUUAAAAUGUCAAACAAUACCGAGGUUAGAGCUCUGUGGGGCAGAGCUGGUCGCUAAGCUGUACACUAAAGUUAAGCAGUCAGUGAAAAUGGAGGUACCAACAUUCUUUUGGACCGAUUCGACAUGUGUGCUGCGCUGGAUCCAAGCAAUUCCCUCAACAUGGAAACCCACCCCACGCUUCAUCACUGGCUACUAUCCGAAAGCAAGCAGUCCACUAAAUUUCUACUAUCCGAAAGCAAGCAGUACACGGUUCCGGCAGCUGCAGCAGAUAAACAUAUCCGAUUAA